CAAAAAACAAUUUGAAGUUGAAGUAUUUGAAGCAAUAUAUGAGAAAGAGUAUAUUGUUUUUACAAGAUACGAAGAUUUUAAAAAAUAUUUAACUAGAAAUAAUAUAGUUAAUAGUUCACUACGCAACUUUGAUUAUAUUAAAAACAGAAGGCUUCAGAAUAUUUUGAACUUUCUCGAAGCACAUAUUAGAAGCUAUUUCUAUACUUAUAAUGAAGGAUUAAAGUAUGGAAUUAUAAACGAUACAAUUGAUUUAAUAGAAUGGAGAAGAAAAGGUUAUGAAAAUGAUUGUAAAAAAUGGUUUGCCGAAAUAAACUAUGACUGUGAACAAUAUGGUAUUAAAUAUCUUUUUUCAUAUAGCGAUAUUGAACAAUACUGUGAAGAGUAUUUGGCCUAUUAA